UCUAACUUUCAACAAUGUCCAAUUUACAACUCCCCCUCUUUCUUCUUCUUCGUCGUCGUCCUCCUCCUCCUUUCUUUGACAUUGACCCUGUCUGUCUCUUUCACACACUCACACACUCACUGCGUGUAUAUAUACGAUACAUAUAUAUAUUAUACACACAGUAGGACUGUUUGUCUGCUUGGAAUUUUCCACCAUUUUCCUUUGAUCCACCGUUUUCUUUCCAACUAUAUAUAUGUGUACAUUUUUUCUCAACAAUUUCAAAUACCAAAUUUGUCACCACCCAAUUGACUUCAAAUAGCGUCUAAAAAAAAAGUUUCAGUAAAGCAGAUGAUUGUGGAGGCGGCGUUGGAGGUCUUAGUGCCGUCGUGGUGGGAGGUGAAAGUCACCGUCGCCGCCACGGCAUUCAUCAUAUUUUCUUACUGGUGCUUUGCACUCGGCGGAGGCGCUGCCUGCGGUGAUGAUCGCGUUUCCGUCGAUGAUUCCAGUGGUGUCGUCGAUGAUAAACAAAAGAUGGGCCAGUUAAAAGGAGACCCUCAAACUAAUUCUGCAUAUAUAAUCAAGGUUGAACUAUUAGCUGCUAAAAAUCUCAUUGCUGCUAAUUUGAAUGGGACGUCAGAUCCAUACGUAAUCAUCACUUGUGGCACACAAAAAAGAUUUAGUUCAAUGAUCCCUGGUUCAAGAAAUCCUAUGUGGGGGGAGGAGUUCAACUUUUCAGUUGAUGAGCUUCCAGCAGAGAUAAAUGUUACAAUAUAUGAUUGGGAUAUAAUUUGGAAAAGUGCUGUUCUUGGUUCGGUGACUGUACCUGUUGAAAAUGAAGGUCAGACAGGUGCUGUAUGGUAUACAUUGGACAGCACGUCAGGGCAGGUUUGUCUUCACAUUAAAACAGUAAAACUCAAUAUCAAUUCUUCAAGGGGUUUGAAUGGCUGUGGUAAUACUCGUAGAAGGAUUGCUCUGGAUAAAGAAGGACCUACUGUUGUUCAUCAGAAACCUGGGCCGCUGCAAACAAUUUUUGAUCUCCCUGCUGAUGAGGUUGUUGAACAUAGUUACUCUUGUGCACUUGAGAGGUCAUUUUUGUAUCAUGGACGUAUGUAUGUCUCUUCCUGGCACAUUUGCUUCCACUCAAAUGUGUUCUCAAAGCAAAUGAAGGUAGUUAUUCCUUUAGGAGAUAUUGAUGAGAUAAGGAGGAGCCAGCACGCAUUCAUUAACCCUGCUAUUACAAUAAUUCUACGUACAGGUGCUGGCGGUCAUGGGGUACCUCCUUUAGGAAAUCCUGAUGGGAGGGUACGAUAUAUGUUUGCGUCUUUUUGGAAUAGGAAUCAUGCAAUUAGAGCCUUGCAACGGUCAGCAACAGACUACCACGCCAUGCUAGAAGCAGAGAAAAAGGAGAGGGAACAGUCAGCACUACGUGCACAUAGCAGCUCGGUUAAAGGAAGUAAAAAGAUGGAUAUGAGUCGGAAGGAAAAUGUGUCGAAGACUGAGAAAUCUCAGCCUUUUAUUAAAGAAGAAGUCCUUUCUGGUAUAUACAAUGACAUUUUCCCAUGCACACCUCAGCAGGUUUUUGACUUACUACUGGCUGAUGGUUCAAAUUAUACUAUUGAGUAUCGUACGGCACGUAAAGAUUCUAAUAUCAAUGUCGGUCAAUGGCAUUCUGCUGAUGAGUAUGACGGUCAAGUCAGAGAGAUUACAUUCAGAACCAUAUGUAACAGUCCCAUGUGCCCCCCAGAUUCAGCAAUGACGGAGUACCAGCAUGCCGUUUUGUCACCGGAUAAGAACAUGCUUGUUUUUGAGACUGUACAACAGGCACAUGAUGUCCCAUUUGGAUCAUGCUUUGAGGUCCACUGUAGAUGGUCUUUAGAGGCAUCUUCUGAAUCAUCCUGCGUUUUAGACAUAAAAGUUGGUGCACAUUUCAAGAAAUGGUGCAUUAUGCAGUCUAAAAUUAAGGCAGGAGCUGUUGACGAGUACAAAAAGGAGGUUUCGACAAUGAUCCAAAUGGCUCGUUCAUACGUUGAAUCCAGAAACUCAGGAAGUGAAACACAGAACGUUGCAUCUGGGCCUUCCGUUACUCAAGAAACUGCUAGUUUAGGGUAAGAUUUACUUAGUCUCAGGAAUCUUGUAAGUGUUCCAUAUUUCUGUUUUGUUUCUUUGUAAGUAAGAUAGUACUAUAAGUCCAUGUAAUUUUAUCACAAUCUUUUGAUAGUAAUUGCACCCUAUUCCCCAAACGGAGGUCCAGUGGUGCGCUUUUAUAAUCUAUGGACACAGUUUUUGUAUUAAUGAUAGCUGAUUUUUUCUGGUUUUUUCAAUA